UCAUUUUUAUCUUCCUGGUUCUCCUCUAGAAAACUGCAAAAACAAGGAAAGACAGUUCAUAGGAAAACAAAAGAGAAUCCAUGAUGUAUAAUCUUCAAUCUCUCCAUACUCUCUUCUAACACAGGAAGCAACACUCCCUCUUACUCUCUCUUUUCCUCUCUCUCUCUCUCUCUCUCUCUUCUCUCUCUCCCUCUCUCUCUCUGGUAUUGUUCUUUUUGUAUCAGAAGAACCCAUCUUCAAAUUCUCAUUUUCUUCAUUUGGGUGCUUGUCUAUAAUGAGAGACAUAGCUUCUUGUUUCGGCGAAUACGCCAUAAAAGUGAACGAUUCUUCUUGUGGUGGUACUUCAACGCAGGGUUGUCGUCCUCCAGCAUCACUGAUCCCUUCGAUCCAAAAUGCAGUCACUUGUUGCUACAGAAUAAAGCUCUCCACCCAGAAGCUGCUCCUGAUCACAGUCACCUGGUGUAAAAACCUCAUGGACCAAGGUCUCAUCAUCAACUGCGGCGACGACCCAUCUUCUGCCCUCAAAGUCAACACCAAUUCACGGUUAUUCAGGAAGAAGAAAGGCAACCGGACGUUGGAAUUCGACAAUUCUAAGAUUGAAGUCUUCUGGGACCUCUCCACAGCUAAGUAUGAAUCGGGACCUGAACCAGUUGAUGGGUUCUAUGUUGUGGUCGUGGUUGACACAGAGCUUGGCCUAGUUCUUGGAGAUAUGGCGGAAGAAGUGAUCAGCAAGAAGCUCAAGUCCGGUAUCCCGCCAGCUGCCCAGUUCUCUCUAGUAUCACGAACAGAACAUUUCUCAGGUAACCCAUUGUAUUCGACCAAAGCACAAUUCUGCGACAGCGGGACGUCUCACGACAUUUUGAUCAGAUGUAGCGGAGAAGAGGGGUUGAAGCAUCCGGUGCUAUCGGUUUGUAUCGAUAAGAAGAAGGUCAUUCGAGUGAAGAGGUUGCAAUGGAAUUUCAGGGGAAACCAGACCAUUUUUGUUGAUGGGUUGCUGGUUGAUUUGAUGUGGGAUGUUUAUGACUGGUUCUUCAAUCCCGAUUCUGGAUAUGCUGUUUUUAUGUUUAGGACACGAAGUGGGUUGGACAGCCGGUUGUGGCUGGAGGAGAAGGCAGCGCAGAAGGACCAAGACAGAGUUGAAUUUUCUCUGUUGAUCUAUGCCUGUAAGAGCCCAUAAAGAAAUUAAAUGUUUUCUCCUUCUCUUAAAAAAAUCCCUUUUGCUCUAUCUGUAAUCUGCUGAGAGUGAGAGUAACAUUUAGUUAUUCUUUUUUUUUUUAUUAUUAUAAGAAAAACAAAAGAACAGAGAAUUCUUGAUCAGAACUUCCUGGUUUUGAGUUGCAGAAAUGUGUGUUAAUAGAACUUGAAUUGGUUGGCUUUGAUCAUCACUUAACCUUAUUCA